GUCAUCACUCGCAUCAACGCCGACCCGAAUGGCUGGUGCAGAGACGGCGUCGACUGGGCGCGGGCUAAUGCGAUGCACUUCGGUUUGGACACCAGCAUGAGCGACAGCGACGGUCAUGACGCUGGCCACGAGGACGGGCGCGGCGCGGCGGCUGGCAGCGAGCCUCAUGGAGACGCGCUUCAGGACGGCGAAACAGCUACCCAAGACCCCUACGACGGCUUGCAACGCGAUCACGACGGCCCCGAUGAUGAGGACAUGGAUGGCACGGCUGACACGGGCGACUACGACGGCGAGAUGUCCGACGGAGCUUUGGAGGUGUACGUUCCUCGCCAGCACCAGCGCGCCGAGAGCGCCCGCGAGCGCAUCGAGGCGAUGCAGGCCGCCGAGGAGACAUAUGCGGACGACCUUGGCACCGCCAAGGACGACGGCAUUGGUGAGAACGCCGCUGACACGAUCAAGGGCAGUUGUUGGUGGGAUAGGUUGUCCACUACAGAGUUGGACGUGUACUGCGCGCAGAAGCUGCUCGACGAGUACUACGAGGAGUGGGGGCACGACAACGACGACGAUGUCGACCCCCUCUGGACUUACCAGGAGCUGGCGCGGUACAUCAACAACAGGCACGCGAGGGCGAUUGCGCAGGAGGCUUCCCAAGGCAGCCAGGGCACGUGCGCGGAGCUCGACAAGGGCAAGGGCACGGAGCAGCUCGACAAGAGCAAGGGCACACGCAAGCUCGACAAGGGCAAGGGCACGGAGCAGCUCGAAGAGGGCAAUAGCACAAGCAAUCUCGACAAGGGCACGGGCACGGGUCAGCUCGACAAGGGCAAGGACACGAAGCAGCCCGACAAGGGCACGGGCACGGGAGACCUCGACACGGGCAAGGGCACGGCGCAGUUCGACAAGGGCAAGGGCACAGGCAAGGAGCAGCAACCCCGCACGCGCUACGAGACGAGGCGCGGCAUCUUGGAGGCCAGCUCGCAGGCGAACUUCGAGCAGGUGGCAGACGAACUGGAGACCGACGACGACAGCCCUACGUCGCCGUUCCACAUCGUGGACCACGGG